AUGGCACGUCAAGUUCUUGCUCUUGCACUCAUCUUUGUCGCCGUUAUAGGAGCAUUUGCAGCAGAUGAACCUGCUGCUACCCCAUCAGCUGGAACUCCUGAGGCAUCAGCUUCUGCCCCCUCCACCAACUACUUAGGCUCUCUCGCGGAAGGAGCUGGUAUCGACCCUUCUACAAUCUCUUUACCUCCUACAUCCUUCAGUGAUGGUUCGGCCCCUUCUCCCACCGCUGGAACAGCGGGAAAUGCUCCUAGUGACGCCCCUUCUGUGUCAAAAAGUACAUGGGGAUUAUUUUGA